AUGGUGCGUCAGCUUCCCGACGGGAUGAUGGAGCGCGUUACGGACAACCGGAACGUCUCAAAGGCAUUGGCAGGGGUCAACGAUGUAAAGCAGAUCUGCGUACUUGUCCUACCCUCCUCAGCCUCAUGUCCAAAAAUCAGCAUCGUCUAUAGGACUGGCGGCCGUCUUAAUAACCGGUGCUCGCAGGCUCCGAUGCGUCUGUCUACGGCUGUAGUCCACUAUCUGUUCUUCGCGGACGAUUGGUUGCUCAAUUCUGCGACAGAAGCAGACAUGCGACGGGACAUGGACCUCUACGUCUCCGGCUACGCCAACUUGGGGAUGACUAUAAACACAGGCAAAACAGGGGUUAUAUAUCAACCGCCUCCCAAUGCUGCACACAGUGUUUCUCGCAUCCAUGUAAACGAUACCCAACUGAAGACAGAGGGCCGCUUCAUCUGCUUAGGCAGUGCACUUUCGCAUUUCAUCAAAAUUGACGAGGAAACGGCCGAUCAUAUUUCCAGAGCCGGUUAUUCCCUCGAUCAGCUGCAAACGCAACAUAUAUUCGCCACAGUCUUCCGUGCUACGUAA